UAAAUGGAUCAAAGUCUCCUCCCUCCUGCUCAUUUUCCCACAAACUCUUGUUCAGAUGAUGCGACGGACGUCCGAGCGAGCGAUGUCGCUGAGGUUUGUGGGACUCCUGGUCCUGUCCUCCCUUUGCUCAGUCGUGGCGGGCCAAGGCAAUGACACUGACGAUGAUGGCGACUCCUUGGGUUCACCAAACAAUUUCAACAGGAUGUUAAAUGGCAGCACGCCCGUUAACGACCCCAGGCUUCAGUUGUCUGACACGGAUAUGUGUAACAUGCUUCUGUGGAACCUCACCCCACUGCCCACCAGCCAGAUUCCAUUUCAGUGCAUCUGUUCACACUGUAAAGGCACCAUCGGGCCUAAAGGAGACCAUGGAGACCGCGGUCUUCCAGGAAUGUCUGGGAGUCCGGGGAGUGACGGACUGAGGGGCUUCAGAGGUCCACGAGGAUUCUCUGGACUUCAAGGGAUCAAGGGUCAGAAGGGCGACAUUGGGGAGAAAGGAGAGACCGGCUGGAGCGGUGUCAUGGGGUACAAGGGCGCGCAAGGAUUUAAAGGAGAGAAAGGGGACUUUGGACUGAUGGGACCUCCGGGUACACCAGGCCUUCAGGGAGAAACCGGCUCAUGCCCUGACACCUGUGACAGUGCCCCGGGUCCGCCGGGUCCACAAGGACCCCCCGGAUCAGCUGGAGCCCGGGGCUUGCCUGGGUUAGCUGGAGAUAUUGGACCAAAGGGUUUUAAGGGGGAUAAAGGUGACCUGGGUGAUCCUGGCCAUCCUGGGCUUGAUGGCCCGAAGGGUGACAUGGGUGAGCAGGGACUGUGCGAGUGCAGUGAUGGGAUAAAUGGAAAAGACGGAGGUCCAGGGCCAAAGGGGGAUAAGGGGGCAAAGGGUGACAUUGGCAUUCAAGGUGUACGGGGCUCCACAGGGACAAAAGGCGACGAGGGUCAAAUGGGUCUCAUGGGUCCAAUUGGACCCUGCAGCCCUGCCAUCCAAUCGGCUUUCUCUGCAAGUACCAACGACUCAUUUCCUAUCCCCAACUGGCCCAUUCCAUUCACACAUGUCCACAUCAAUCAGCAGCUUCACUUCAACCCAAACAUGGGGCUAUUCACAGCCCCCGUCGACGGCAUCUACGUCUUCUCCUACCACCUGGCCGUGGUCGGGAAACUCAAGGUCGGCCUGUUCCACAACUUCAACUUCGUUGUGACAACCACGGAAGAGACCAGCCAUUCCACAGCCAGCCAAUCCGUCAUCCUCCACCUCAAGGCAGGAGACUGGGUUUGGCUGCAGGUGAAGAAUAGUAACACCAACGGCCUUUACGCCGACAGCGAGAGCAGCAGCACCUUCUCUGGCUACCUGCUGUACCCGGACUCCUGCAUGCCUAUGUUGGGCCGAGAUUCUACAUCACCACUUGAUCCGAACCGACCCUUUACUUGGGGUAAUACUAACACGACCACCACCCCUUCACCAUAGUUGGCAUCAGUCAGUUGUAGUUUUGGGUGAAGUUUCCACAUGCAUCCAAUCUAAUCCAACAUUCUGUGUAUUUAUAACGGCAAGAUUUAAAGGAGGGGUUUGCUAAAGAUGCAAAAUUGCCCGUUUUUGAAACAGGCAAUUUUGGUUAGACUAGUUAGAAGUCGUGCGUAGUAACGUGUCAACUGUUGUUACCUGGUUAAAUAGUUCCAGAGUAAAUCACAGCUCACCUGUGUGAGCAAGUUCUGCAUGUGAAUCUACAGAAGCUCAGGCUCGCUGGUUCCAACUUUGAGUUUGAUCAUUCAGGACGUGGUUGUCUGCUGCUAAAUGUUUGUCGUUAUAGUUCAAUAACGUUUUGACUAAUAGCAGUUAGCUGAGUUAGCAACAGCUGUGAAGAGGUAGCUGAGGUUUUUUAGAAGUGUGGAGCUACCUGGGCUGGGCGCCCCCUGCUGCUGAAAACCAGCUUGAGACACAGAGGCUCACUCUCAGUAAAAACAAAAUGGUUGACAACAGAGACGCAAGAUUUUAUCCACUUCACAAAAGACUUGUGUAAUAAGAUUUACGUCGGUUUAAGUCUGCGAUGUCUACGUCACAUGUUCGCGUCUUAACUCACUGAGACAAGAAACUGAAGUGUGUAAACCACUCACUCUCAGUUAUUUUAGCUGGCGGGGACACAGGAGCUGCUGGUCCUCUGCUGCCUCGUGUGGUCACUUUGUGUCACCGGCGUAAAUCUGAACAAAGGAUUUUCAAAGCCAAACUCACUAAAAUCAGACAUUUGAACUUAGUGAUGAAGGCAGCAGUGGAUCAACAACUCUCGUGUGCUGUGAUGUUAAAAUCACUGAUUUUCUCUAUGGACUUUGUGGGAGAGUGAGUGGUUUACAAACCUCAGUUUCCUGUUGGAAAAGUCUAACAGUGAGAUAAAGACGUGAUCAUGUGACGUAGAUAUUGUAGACUUCGUCACACAUGUUCACACUCAUAGACAAGACAAACGUGUCUUGUGCUUUUUCUCAGCAGCAGGGGGCGCUGACAGCCCACAGUCUCAACACUCUUUCUAAAAAAACACCAGAAAUAUGUUUUUAAACUGAGCAAGGAAAUGACCUGUGGUCAAAACCUGAACUAUAUUGAUGAACAGCAUAUUUCCACUCUCUAUGAACCACAAAUGCAGAUAAAGUAAGAACGGACGAUGCGUUUCUCUGUGUCAGUCCUGACUGAUCAAAGUCAACAUGGAAAAAACAGAGAGCUUCACAAAUCUGCUAAAAUCCUUGAUUUUGAACAGUUUGACAAAUGCAGAUGUUUCUUUACAAAAGUAGUAAAAAGCCAAACCUGAUGAAGGGCCUUGAUUCCUCUGCUGUUCCUGCUUCAGAGUCUAAUAGAACCUUUUAUUUUUUCAUUUUUUAAAUAAUGAUUGUUUCUGAAAGCGUACGUAUGCAGAUCAGAAGAAGGUGAGGGCGGAGUCGGUCUGCUGUGAGUUAAAAAAUUUGUCUUUUGAUUGCGAUUCGUGCUGGAUUUAUCGAAUCGGGUUUUCAGGUGCUGAUGCAUUAAAGACGAGUUCUUGUACGCGACGAGACGAUCAAAGAGUCAAAAGAGUCAAAGAGUCCUCACAGACAAAGACGGAUAAAGACAAGUGGACUCGACACCAAAAAAAACCAUGUUUUUGUUCAAAGAUGUUUUACUUGUGUGCCACGUUUAAAACUCAGCUACGUUUAAAACUCUGCCACGUUUAAAACUCUGCCACGUUUAAAACUCAGCCACGUUUAAAACUCAGCUACGUUUAAAACUCAGCUACGUUUAAAACUCAGCUACGUUUAAAACUCUGCCACGUUUAAAACUCAGCCAUGUUUAAAACUCUGCCACGUUUAAAACUCAGCUACGUUUAAAACUCUGCCACGUUUAAAACUCUGCCACGUUUAAAACUCAGCUACGUUUAAAACUCUGCCACGUUUAAAACUCAGCCACGUUUAAAACUCAGCCACGUUUAAAACUCUGCUAUAUUAAAUAAAACUGACACAUCCCGCCUCCUCCCGAAGCUCCCCCCGGAAUACUGAAGGUGGCACUGUGGUUUUGUAACGUUCAUCUGUAUUUGUGCUCAUGAUCUUAAUGUUUACAAAUUCUAUUCAAAUAAAAGGUGAAGUACGAACAAAA